AUGGCUACCGGUGCUCACCUCGACGUGACCGAGCAGAUCAAGCUCGACCACGACAACGUCCGUGACUUGUUCCAGCGGUACAAGCAAACGGCCGACCACGACCAGAAGGCGGCGAUCGCCAAUACCCUCAUCCGCGAGAUGGCCAUCCACGGCGACGCAGAGGAGAUCUCCGUCUACAACGACUACGCCGCCCUCGGCCUAGGCGACGCGGCCAAGCACAACAAAGAGGAGCACGCGGAAGUGAAGCGCGCGGUCUACGACGCUGACGCGACGAGCAUGUCGCACGACGACUACGACGCCGUCCUCGAGAAGGCGGUCGGCACCUUCCUCACGCACGCCAAGGAGGAGGAGGACGAGCAGCACCCGCUCAUCAAGCAGAGAUUGAGCGCCGAGGAUAACGACAAACUGGCCCGCGCGUUCUUGAAGGCGCGCACGACGGUGCCGACUCGCCCGCACCCGUGGGCUCCACAGUCUGGUGGCGUUGCACAGAAGGCUGCAGGAGUGCAGGGUGCUUUCCAUGACAAGGUCAUCGAGACCGUCGAAGGGCGGGAGUUCGUCGAUCUCAAGUACCAACACCCCAGUUCAUACUAA